GAAGAACAGGUAGAUAGAGACAAAACGAAUUCAUAUAUAUAUAUAUAAUUUACACGCGAACAAGACAGCGAUACCCGCAUCACAAUUCUUCUUCUUCAUCAUAUCCCAAUCAUUUUGACGAGAGAAUUGAUACAGAAAAAAAAAAAAGGGAUUUAAGAUUGGGGAAUGGCGGGUAAUGAAGAAACAAUGGAGGUGGAGGAUUCGUAUGGGAAUAAGGUUAAACUAAGGCUCAGAGAUCCAUCCAAGAAAGUGGCACAAACGAAGGAAAUGCUUUCGAAACAAGCUGUUCAAACGAAAGAGCUCUUGUCGAAACAAGCCGUUAAGAUCGCUAAACAGGCUGAAGAGCACGAAAGAUUCAUCAAUAAGGUGACGCAUUUGCUUGGUGUUCUUGGCUUCGGUGGCUUCUGCUUUGUUUUGGGUGCAAGGCCGCAAGAUGUUCGAUAUCUGUAUUGUUUGUUCUAUGUUAUUUUUGUCCCACUUCGAUGGAUUUACUACCGAUACAAGAAAUGGCACUAUUAUCUUCUGGACUUUUGCUAUUAUGCCAAUACAAUAUUCUUGAUCAUGCUCUUGUGUUAUCCUAAAAACGAGAAACUCUUUAUGGUUUGCUUCUCGUUUGCAGAGGGACCUUUGGCAUGGGCACUGAUUGUUUGGCGAUGUAGCUUAGUUUUCAAUUCUAUGGACAAAAUCGUAAGCGUCUUUAUACAUCUCUUGCCUGGAUUGGUUUUCUUCACAAUACGAUGGUGGGACCCGGUAUUUUUCGAAGCAAUGCACCCCGAGGGAACUGCUCAUAGAGCAUCAUGGCCCUACGUAGAAAACAAAUCGUACCUUUGGACGUGGCUUUUCAUCGUUCCUUUAGUUGCUUACAUCGUUUGGCAGCUUCUUUACUUCCUCAUAGUCGAUGUGCUUCGUCGACAAAGACUGCUCCGAGAUCCAGAAGUUAUGACUUCUUACAGGGAACUUUCGAAGAAAGCACAGAAAGCGAACAACCUAUGGUGGCGGUUGAGUGGAUUGCUCGGAGAUCAGAAUCGGCUGUUUAUGUACAUUCUGCUUCAGGCUAUGUUCACUUUGGCAACGACUGCGCUCACAGUGCCGAUUUUCUUGUCGUAUGAGUUGCAUGUGACUUUUCAAGUACUGAAGGUAUCUGCAACUGUAUGGAAUGGCGGGAACUUUCUACUGGAGGUGAUGCCGAGGCAGGUUUUCCUCAAGGAGGAGAAGAAGAAAACCGGGGGGAUGCAGCCUGCUGAGUCGACUCAGCAGCUCGGUGCUGUAUCGGUGAUGGAGAAUUUGAUGAAAUCGGAUAAUUCGUCCGAGGUGGUUGUGGAAUCGGAAUAAAGGAUUUGUAAGAUUUGGUGUUGUGUGUGUGGUGAGAAAAAUUUGGUUUAGAUGAUUUACUUAAUAUGUUGCUUUGUUGUUGUUUAGUUGAUGGUAAUUGUAUUUUUAUGCUGAAAAUCAGAUUUGUUUGUAGAUUAGUGGGAAAGGAUAUGUGAAUAUGCUUUCGUUUUUUUUUAAUGUGUUGCAGGGGAAAAACUACAGUUUUUAC